GCAAAUUAUCAGUCGUUCAAUUUUAGUCAGUUUCGGUUAGGUUGAGUUUGACUUCAAUGCCGCCAUUGAUUCCGACCGUACAAUUUGUAGUCACUAGCAUUAUUUCAUACGUAUUAUGCUGUCGGGCGUGUAAUUAAUGUUUUCUGUGUUUUAUAGAUGUUUUUGUUUGCAACACAAUAUUUAUGAAUUUUUUAACGAAAACUACACUUUUUGUUUGGUGUAGUUUUUCUCAAUAAUAGCAGGAUAUGAAGCGAAGCACAUCAAGUCAUUCACAUCGCGAUGAAAAAUUGAAACCACGCAAUGAAGAUGAAACCACAUCACGUUCAAGAACAGAAGAAGAAAAGUUACGUCGUAGACGUGAAUGGCUCUGGCAGCAAGAACGAGAGCGGGAACAUGAACGAUUGAAGAAGAAAAUGAUUUUAGAGUAUGAAAUGCGAAGAGCUCGCGAGAAAGACUUACGGGAAUCUAAAGGAAGAUCUCAUCAUAGCCAUAGUAGCAGUAAGAGUAAAUCUCCACAGAGUCGACAUGGAAGAACUUCUAUGUCAGAUACGCUUAAAACUUCUACAUUAUGUGAAAAAUUAGAAUCAUCAAAUGGCACAACACCAAUAUUUAAAGGACCUGAAGGUACACAAAUUAGUGUCACAGAAUUACGCAGAAUCAAAGUAGAUAUUCAUAGAAAUAUUCCUGGGAAAUCAACUGCAGAUGAUCUUCAUCGAGAUAUUGUUAAUCCUGAAGAUGUGGUGAUCCAAAGAAGAGAGGGAGAAGGAUCCAAGCCAAUAUUUGAAAGGGAUGAAAUAAAAAAUGCAGUAAGCAAAACAGAAGAAGUGGGGGAACGUCGUACAGUUGUAGCUAUAAAUAAUGAAAAUUUAGACAACAAAUCAAAAACAUAUAAAAAAUAUACGACGUCUCCGACUUGUGUAACAUCUCGAAGUCACAGUCCUCCACGUACAUCACCUCGUCAUUUCAGGCAUGAAGAUUCAAAAUAUGAUAAUAAAGAGAGUUACAAAAGUGAUAGGGAAAGACAUCGCAGCAGAGAUAAAAGUAGAGAGUAUAGAGAAUGUUAUACUGAAAAAGACAGAGUACAUACUCACCCACAUGGUGUAGAGAAAGAUCGGUCACGAGAAAGGAGAAGUCGUCGCGAACAUUCACGUUCAAGGGACAGGGAGGAAAGAAAAUGGGAUAGAGAUUCUCAUCACAGUAGGUCAGUAAGAGAUGAGAGACUAUAUCAAGGGUAUCGAAAAAGAUCAAGGGAACGUUCUAGAGAGAGAAGAGAAAGAGAUAGAUCUAGAGAAUUAAGGGUUCCUCCACCACAUUAUAUUGAGCAAAUUCCUGUUCCUAUUUAUUGUGGGAAUUUUCCACCAAGACCUAUAAUGGUUGGACCUUUACUCCCCAUUCGUACACCAGUUCCUUUUGGAAGCGUUAGACAUCCUUCUAUGAUGGGUCCCCUAAGGCCAUUCCCGCCACGAUUUAUUCCACCAGAUAUGUAUAGAAUGCGUCCACCUCCAAAUCCUAGAUUUGGAUCGAUGUAUUAACGCAAUUGUCUGUGAUAAAAUUAUAUAUUAAAUUAAAAAUUGAAAAUGGUAUUGAAUGCACGAUACAAAAGUGCAUAAUACUUAGAACACCAAAUACUGAUUGGAAUUUUAUAUAGUUUGCAAUGGAAUUGCAUUUGGAUAUCAUGCUCAAUUCGGAAUACGUUUUAGUAAUAUUUAAACUAUAUAAUUAUUAUAUAAUUUUUUAAUUGUCUUGUUAAAUUAUUAUAAUCAUUUUAUGUAAUUUUAAAGCUGUAUAAUAUGUAUACAAACUAUUUGCGUGCUUGUAGGAUGAUGUGAAUUCAUUUCACUGAUAUUUGUAAAUUUUUAUUGACAUUUUACAUACAUAUUUUUAGUUAUAUAUAAUCAAUAUCGAUUUAGCUUUUAAAACUUGUCUGAAAUAAACUUGUGAUUUUUACAAUAUAUUAGGAUUGUUUCAAACUGAAACUUGAUCA